UGCUUGCUGAUAGAGCUCGUGCUCUCGCUCUUUACGUCCAUCUGUGGCCCUGUUUAUUAACAACAUGAAGAAGAAGAAGAAUACCCUUUCUUCUUUGUGGGUUUUAAACUCUGAAGAUGUUCUCCCCUGCCUCCAAACUUCACGAAAACUUCACUGACAUCAGCUGACUCCAGCGGACUGAGUGUGAACGUGGACCCGAGGAGUCCUCUGCGGGUCUGAUGCUGGAUUUACUGGUUCCAGUUUGACGAAUCAGCCUGAUUUAAAGACCCGCAGCUGCAGCAGCAUACUCACAGCAUCUUCCGUUUCACUGACAUCGUCAAGGGAGUCAAACCUGCAACACAGAAAGACGGAGGAAGAGCAGAAACUGAGCAGGAUGCUGCCAAACACUGGUGACCAAAGUGAGAAAAGGCAGGAAGACGAAGAAGGAAUGGAAGGAGAUGAAGAAGAGGAGGACGGGGAAGAUGAGGAGGAACGAUCUGUUCUUCCUCUACUUCCUCCCAUGAACGUGACAUCUUCAAGGGAUGACCCCACCGACCGAUUGGAUGCAGCCGCCAGCUUCCCAUCCAAUCAGGACUUGAGCUCUGACUCAGGCGAGGAGGUAACGGCCUCGCUUACUGGCCCGAAGAGGGUGUCGUUACCAUGGCAGCGAAAGGAGGAGGAGGAGCACGACGAGGCGGAGACCAAGGCGGUGGCGUCGUCUCCUGAUGGGCGAUUCCUCAAGUUCAACAUCGAGAUCGGACGGGGAUCAUUCAAGACGGUUUACAGAGGACUGGACACAGAGACCACGGUGGAGGUGGCCUGGUGUGAGCUGCAGACUCAUCGUCUGAACAAGGCAGAGCGUCAGAGGUUCACAGAGGAGGUGGAGAUGCUCAAGGCUUUGCAGCAUCCAAACAUUGUCCGGUUCUUUGACUCCUGGAAGGCGACACUUAAGGGUCAUAAAUGCACGAUCCUGGUCACGGAGCUCAUGACGUCCGGGACCCUCAAGACGUACCUGCGCAGGUUCCGCCAAAUGAAGCUGAAGCUGCUGCAGCGGUGGAGCUUUCAGAUCCUGAAGGGGCUGCAUUUCCUGCACACACGAAGCCCCCCCAUCCUACACCGAGACCUGAAGUGUGACAACGUCUUCAUCACUGGUCCCUCUGCUUCUGUAAAGAUUGGAGACUUGGGCCUUGCCACACUCAAGAAUGCCUCAUUCGCAAAGAGUGUCAUCGGGACCCCAGAGUUUAUGGCUCCAGAGAUGUAUGAGGAGAAGUAUGACGAGGCUGUAGACGUUUACGCCUUCGGCAUGUGCAUCCUGGAGAUGGCGACAUCUGAAUAUCCGUACUCUGAAUGUCAGAACGCCGCCCAGAUCUACCGCAAAGUGACCAGUGGAAUCAAACCUGACAGUUUCUCCAAAGUCAAAGUCCCCGAGUUGACGGAAAUCAUCGAAGGCUGCAUUCGCACCAAGAGCAGUGAGAGAUUCACAAUCCAGGACCUGCUGGAUCAUCGGUUCUUCCAAGAGGAACUAGGGGUCCACGUGGAUCUGGCCGAAGAAGAUGAUGGAAAAAAAGAGGCGCUAAAGCUCUGGCUGAGGAUGGACCCCAACAAGAAGCUGCAUGGCAAAUACAAAGACAACAACGCCAUUGAGUUCUUGUUCGAGCUCUAUAAAGACGUCCCCGAGGAGGUGGCCCAGGACAUGGUGGUGCUUGGGUUUCUUUGUGAGGCUGACUACAAGCUGGUCGCAAAGGUGAUCAGGCACAGGGUGACGGCCAUAAAACGUCAGCGGGAAAAAAUACGCCUGCAACAAGAGGAAGCUUUGAACCGCCAGAAGGAGACUGUAAUCGGGGAGGAUUCUGACCCCAACCCUCAACAACCAGAGCUGUCCAAUCAGAAAGCGGCAGUUGCAACUGGGAACGCGAUCAAUAAGCAGGACUUACCCACUAAGCCAGACACGGUCCCUGCAUGGAAACAGAACCCCUCUUCGUUGACAACUGCAUCAUCGAGCAGCAGCCCAAUGGAUUCUGGGAUAAGCAGCAUCUCCAGCAAGACGGACAGAGAUGAAGAAGAUGACAAAAACUCCAGGAACUCUGUGCAGUCCUCUGCUACAUGUACGGACAUUGCGGACUGUGAAAUAGAAAGAGCGUUCAGUCCCCCCAGUGUAUUGAAGAAGGCUGAGGCGGGGUCUGCUCUUCUCGCCAACCCUGCCCCGACUCCUCCCAUCCCAAACCCUGCCCCUGUGGCUCAGGAACCCCCUUGGCACAAGACUCCUUUCUCCAACAGUCGGGGUCAUUCCAAACCUCCACCCCUCCCAGUUCUUCGUUUCCCCAGGAGCAUCGCUGUGCACCAAAAUCUUGAGCAUCUACAUCAUGACUCAGUCUCUGGCUUUUCCUCACCUGUUGACAGCUACGCCUCUGAUGUAACUUCAGGUUUGAGUGACUGCAAUGAUGGCCAAUCAGACAAGAGCACCAAGGAGCUGACCGACCAGGAAGCUGCAAAACAGUUUAAGAAGAGAGCGAGGGCUCGACUCAAAAUAACAGGGGUGUCAGAGCUGCAGGACCGUGUGGUCGAGUGUCAGCUGCAAACUCAUGACAGCAAAAUGGUGACGUUCAAGUUUGACCUGGAUGGGGACAAUCCGGAGGACAUUGCCUCUGUGAUGAUCCACAGAGACUUCAUUCUUCCAUCAGAGCGACAGGGAUUUAUCUUCAGAAUGUAUGACAUCAUAAACAGGGCGGAGUCUAUGAUAAAUCAACAGCAGCUCGCAGACAGUGACAAGUCAUCCCAGCAGACGGCCUCCACGCUGCCAGAGAACACGCCAGUGGUAGCAACCAAAGGCCACGCCAGAAGUCCAUCUACAUCUUCACUUCCUGAUCUUUCAGAUACUGCAGACAUUAACCCAUCUCCCUUGAAGUCUGAAAAUGCCUACACCAACUCUGAGGGCUCACCCACUGUCAGAGCACAGAGAUCACAGUCCUUCCACACUUCAUCAGCUUCCUCCUAUCAGCCUCCUCCAUACCCUGCCCGUUACCCCCAUCCAGACCCUGUCCUGCCUCGGUCCUCACCUCUUCCUACUCUUCCCUCGUACCAACUCCCAGCUCCCCCUUACCCCCCUUACCCCCUCUCAGCCCAGAGCUCCUCCCCUAGUCCCCCCCGAGUCCAAAGUAACCCUUCCCUCUUUACAACCCCAACUGCCCCCUCAGCUCCUCCACCUCCACCGCCACCGCCACCACCUCCUCCUGUUUCUCCUAAGUGGCCCCCUCCUGAUCAACCUGUCUUCUCUCUGGCCAAUGUGCUCUCUCUUGCCAUGAGCAUGGCACAGUCCUUCAUCCCUCCACCUGGGACCCCAAACCAAGGGUUUAGCCCCAACCCUCAUCCUAUGUCACCCCCAGCUGUCCUCACUCCCCCCAUGUCCCCAAUGCUGGGUUCAAAGCUUCAGUCCCCAAGUCCUGUCCCUUUCUCUGCUCCCUACCCAUCCCAGGCACCCUACACUCCACCCACCCCUGAAACAGGCUCCACCAACAUCCAGAGGGGGGCACAAGCUGGCUGGACUCCAGACAUACAUCGACCAAUAUUGGAGCAUCAAGAACAGGUGUCUGCCCCAGUUUCUUUGUCCCCCAGACUGUCACCCAUAGAGGAGGUGAGAAAACCUCCAAUCUUCACCGUUGGCCGUUUUCAGGUGGCACCCUCCAAAGACAUCCCUACUGUCCGCCAUCAGGAGCCUCGGCCUCUUAGCCAAGCCACACCCACCGCACACUCUCCACCCCCCUCAAUACCGGACCAAUCAGAAAGCUCAGAGAGCAGCACAGAGAGUGAAUCAGGAAGCAGCAUGAACACAGUGACAUUUGCCCCACCUUUGUGGUACCAUCAUAGCCCUGCGGAGCAGGGAGAGGAGGAGAGAAGCAGGAGGGAGAGGGAGGAAGAGGAGAAGAGGAGGAGAGGGGGGCGGAGGCUAAGUGUUAGCUCAUGGGAGGGGACGGCUGGCAGCCCGGGGAUGAGCGGUCAGUCGUGGAAUCGCUCUGCAUCCUACAACAGCUCUGACGAAUCAGAGAGCGAGAAUGAGGACAUGUGGGUGGAACUCCAAGAGCUACGUGAAAGACACCUGGCAGAGGUGAACAGCCUUCAGGUCAAUCAGAAGCGAGAGAUCGAGGAGCUGUAUGUCAGGAUGGGUAAAGUACCUCCCCCUGGCAUCGUCCCUCCAGCCGCAAUGCUGAACCACCGUCAACGACGCAUCUCCAAGAGUGGAACCUACCCACCUUCACGCAAGAACAGCCUGCAAAGGCUGGAAGUGCCACCCCCUUCAGGUAUCAUGAGGAAGAGCUCGGUCAGUGGCAGCAGCAGUGGAUCUCAGGAGAGAGCAGGGAAAGGUGUGACCUUUGCCCCUGAGCACACAUGCAUGUGAGAGAAAAUGUGGAGCUUCUGACUGAAGUUGGUCAACGUUGGUUGAUCAACGAAGAAAAAGGAUAAAGAAGAGGAAACCUCCUGAACAUAUGCGUCACUUUAUUCUACUACCUACAGAAAUGUGAAAUCCCAUCCAUCCAUCAUCUCUACCUCUGAUGUUGAUCCCAGCUGUCACUGAGCGAGAGGUGGGAUACAACCUGGACUGCUCUUCAGUAAACCACGGGGCUGAUGCAUAGAGAAAGAUAGACAUUCACUCUUGCACUCACUUCUAUGGGCAAUUUAGUCACCAAUUUACCUAACAAGCAUGUCUUUGGACUUUGGGAGGAAUCUGGAGUGUACAAAGAGAAGCCACUGGAAGAACAUACAAACUCCAAACAGAAAGACUGUCCAAGUGGGCUUUGAACCAGAAACCUUCCUGUGGUGAGGUGACACUGCAGUGCCGUGCAGCACACAAAUAUGGAAGUGUUAUAUUUUAUUAUGUUUUUAAAGUUGCUUUUGACUUAAAAGGACUGAGAAACUCAGUAAUCAGAAAUUUAAACGCUCUGAAUGAGCUGCAGAGCCUUUAGGCCAGAUCACAAUAGAGUCCUGCCCCGGCACAGAUGAACUGCAAAAAUGUUCAGGUUCAGGUAUAAAAUAUGAUAAUGUAAUUUCACGAUUAGGGCACAAGUAAAAAUAUACAGAAUGUGUCCGGGUAGGACGGAGUGAGCUCAUAUUUCUGGUAAACUUUUAACUGAUCCGUUCAUUCUUCAGAACAUGAAUGAAAGGAUGAACGUAGUUCAGUCCGAAGCCACUGAACAUCCGCUCAUAAAGGAAAGAAGAUCUGGCUGCAGACCUCUACAAUGGAGUGAACUCGACUGUGGGGCUGGAGGUAUUUUAAUAACCCAAGCAGGAACCAGAAUGAAAUACUGAAUGAAGUAUAUUUUUCACUCACUGUCAGAGAUUACAGUAAGAGGGUAUUUUUCUCAACAGCAGAAUUUUAUGAAAAAAACAAAAAAAAAAAUAGAAAAUUUAUUGG